AUGUCGGACUUUGGCGACGACGGCGACGUUGGCGGAGACGAGCCUUUCUAUGAGGACGAGGACCCCAUCGACGAUCUCGACCCCGAGGUCCCAGCCGGGGAGGACGACGAUGUGAACCGACGGGGUGCCGAGGAGGAGGAGAACGUAGUCAUCUCUGGCGACCCUUCGGCCGGCGCCAACCGCACAAAGGGCCUGGCAGCCUCGCAAGACAAGAAGAUCCCCAACGAGGAGCGGAGCACGACGCCGUACCUCACCAAGUACGAGAAGGCCCGCAUCCUCGGCACGCGCGCCCUGCAGAUCAGCAUGAACGCCCCCGUGCUUGUCGACCUCGAGGGCGAGUCGGAUCCCCUGCAGAUUGCCAUCAAGGAGCUGCGUGAGAAGAAGAUCCCCCUGAUUGUGCGGCGGUACAUGCCCGAUGGAUACUAUGAGGAUUGGACCUGCGAGGAGCUGCUCCAAUAA